GCAGCACAUGAAAAAAAAAAAAAAAAAAAAAACCAUUCUCAAUCUAUUCAAAAACCAAUUCUGGAUCCUGACUUUAACUUAUUUUUAUGCAUCUGAGUGAUUUCUCCUUUUCCCUAAUCUUCGGAUAACCCUCACUUAAAACAUUGAUUUUUUUUCUUCGUAAAUAUAUGAUUUUAACCAAAGUUUAUUCAAUUAAGAAUUGGAAGCUCUAAACUGAAAUUUGAAGAGAUAACCCACUCCUUGUCUUUCCAUUUUAAAGAAACCCAUUUGGAAUUUUCUUUUGGUUAGAUCCAAUUUGAUUCUGAAAUGACGAGUUUCGGGAUACUGGAUUUGGAUGUAUAUUGGGUUGAUUUUGUUCUGAGAUGUAUUUUGGAUGGAAAAUUUUGAUACCCAUUUCGAUAUACUGUUGCUCUGCUUUGAAUUUCUUCCUGUUUGAUGGGACUUGAUUAGUCUUGCUAUUGUUUGUAGAAUUGAGUUGGGUUUUCUUUUUGGAGUAGAUUUCUUUUUGGUUCUCAGAGAAGAAAAGAGAAAAAAAAAACAUGUUUUGGAGGGAACGUGAGAGGGAGAACAAUGAGCUUAAUGGAGGACCUCUUUGUGGGCAUGUUAGAGUUCUUGUUGUUGGUGAUUCAGGUGUGGGAAAAACUUCUCUUGUUCAUCUGAUUGUCAAAGGCUCUUCCUCUGCUCGCCCUCCUCAAACAAUUGGAUGCACAGUUGGUGUGAAGCACACCACAUACGGUAGUCCUGCUAGCUCUUCAAGUAGCAUAAAAGGGGAUGCUGAGAGAGAUUUCUUCAUUGAACUCUGGGAUGUGUCCGGACAUGAGCGAUACAAAGAUUGCCGUUCUCUUUUUUAUUCACAAGUUAAUGGUGUUAUUUUUGUUCAUGAUCUUUCCCAAAGGAGAACAAAAACAAGUUUGCAGAAGUGGGCAGCUGAGAUUGCGGCAACUGGGACAUUUUCAGCUCCUCUAGGUUCUGGAGGUCCUGGGGGACUUCCUGUCCCAUAUAUUGUUAUUGGUAAUAAAGCUGAUAUUGCUGCUAAAGAGGGUAUAAAAGGUAGCAGUGGCAAUCUGGUUGAUGUAGCUCGUCAGUGGGUUGAGAGGCAGGGUUUGCUUCCAUCUAGUGAGGAGCUUCCACUGACUGAGAGUUUUCCUGGUAGCGGAGGCCUUAUUGCAGCUGCCAAAGAUGCAAGAUACAAUAAGGAAGGUAUCAUGAAAUUUUUUCAAAUGUUGAUCAGGAGAAGAUAUAUUUCUGAUGACUUACCAACCCCAACUACAUUGUCCAUAUCUCCUGGUCAGAGACCUUCGAAACGUUUAGAUGAAAAUUCCAGUGAUGAUGAUCAGUUGUACAAGCGUACGAGUUUGAGUGGCGACCCUUACAAGUACAACAUGCUUCCUCCACUACCAGCUCAGCGCAAUCUGACUCCGCCUCCCACCCUUUACCCUCAACAGCCAGUUUCAGUGACUGAGAAUUACAUCCUCCCAAGAUUCUCCUUCACUGGCUCCCAAGAAAUCAGCAGCAGCAGCUCCAAAUCAAAGCGGGCGGACAUUAAUGUCUGAUUUAAUCGUCCCCAACGUUUGCCACAAAACAACUGCCAUUACUGGGAGGGGAAAUGUUGUGUUGGCCACAUGAUCCUUUGCUCCGUAUUCUUUUCCCUCAUUCGUUUUGCUUGUAAAACUGGCAUUCCAAUUCUUUUAUAUUCACACGCCCUCUAGUUAUAAUGGGUUUCUGGGUUUUACAGUUUUACUAGAUGUACAAUUAUUGAUUGCUUACCCCCCAAAAUAUAGUUAAUUCUUUUCAAUCAGGCCUACUUUCCUUUCACAUUUUCCCCCUGAUUUAUAUUUUCACUCUGGGGAACAAUUGAUGAAUGGAAAAUAUGAACUUCCAAUGAUGAAUAAAGUCAAAAAGUGUAUCUUAAUUUUCAACAAGGUGGGAUAAAAAAAAAAAAAAAAAAAGAGAUCACUUUAUCUUCCUUCAAUCCUUGCCACUUUUUCUUCGCAUGUCUACUUCGCAUGGUUUUUCUUUCACAUCUUUCACGAGUUUUUUCUUUAUAUUUCUAUUUUGCAUUAUUUCCCC